ACCCCAAGCUACCACCCUUCAGUAAGACGGAAAGUGAAGACUUGCUUGUACUCCCACACCACCUUGGCCUAGCUGCUGAAGACUAACAAGGCCCAGGGCUCCUGGCACCAUCUAUUAUCGACUGCAUUGGAGCCCCGGGUAAUUUUACUAGUAUCAGGUGCAGCUUCCAGCUGAGGACCACCCACUGUGCCCAGUGAGGUGCUGAAGGGCCUGACCAUCACUUGCAUCCCUCCAGGCUCUCUGCUGCUUCCUGUCUAGGCGUGGCGGCAGCCAUGACUAGGAAUGUGCUGGCGUCCACCCACCUGGGCCAGGGCUGGUUCUGCUCGUGCCGCAGGACACUGAGCUCCUGGCUCUCUUGGCACUUGGGGCAGAACUGCAGUCAGCUCUCCUGGGUCCUGCCAGUGUACAGCUGGGAGCCCUGUCUUGUGCCUCAGCUCUUGAGAGCUCCAGCUGCUGCCGGGUGACCUGAUCCAACCUGACAAUGGUGUCAUCUUCAGCUACCACUGCAAGGCCCUGAAGGCGAUAGUGGCACAGCAGUGCCUGCCUGGCUGCUGAUAGCCUGGUGCUAGCUGGGAGACCUCCCUGCACGUUGAGGCCACUGAGCUGCCCUUCCAGCCCCAACCCACCAUGGACAGGGGCAUCUAGCUUCCUCUCCCUCCUUGUCCUCUGCUCCUGAGCCAUGACGCCCAAGGACAUGCCUGUUAGCCAGGGCCUGCACCAGCGCCUGCUGGUCAAGGGCAUGAUGGUGCUGGAGGCUGUCCUGGAGAUCCAGACCAUCGCCAACAGCAGUCUCAUCUCCAUUGUGCCAGGGCCAGCCAGGCCACCAAGCUCACGCUAGGACCCAACCCAGUGCACCAGGACCUGGCUGCUGAGCCGUGAGCCCAGGAGAAGGUGGAAGCUGGGGAAGGAGCCGCCACUGCCCCCCUAUUCUGACCAGACCUGUGGGGAGUAGCUGCCCGUACACAGCCAGCCCUGGGCCUGGCUCUGGAGGACAGACACCACCCAGUCUGGUGCUCCAGGCGUAAAGCAGGGAGGCUGGGUCCUGGGGGAGCUGCUCCUGGUGUGAGCUGCAAUCAGGAAGCACGGGACAUGGUAGGGGAGGCAAAAAAAAGCCUUGGCCAUUACCCUCCCUGUGUAGCCCUCUAGUGUCCCUUGAGCAAGCCAAAGCCUGACACCAUGUUCAAGGGCCCCAGAAGAGAAGGGUGUCUGCCCCCAACCCUCCCCUGUGGGUGUCACUGGCCAAACAUUAUGAGGGGAGCAGGCCUUGUGAGUAGACCCCAUGAGUCCCUAGGGGGAGUGAUCACGUGCCAUGUUACAUUUCUGCCCAGGCAGCAGGGUAGGUGGGCACAAUGGGUGCUACCUGUGUCACAUGGGUCCCCAAAGCACUCCAGGCCAAGCAGGGAGACCCCACACCCAUGAUGAAAGCAUCUUCAAGCUUUUCCUCAGUUUUUGUAAGGUUUGUUUGUUGCCCAGGCUCAAGUGCAGUGGAGCGACCUCAACUCACUGCAGUCUCCACCUCCUCGGUUUA